UUGUUGCUGUUGACGAUAAAAAAAACCCAACGAAAACGACAUUUCCAGGCAGCGUUCACUUCCACAGAGAGACCUGAACGCAGCAUACUGAGCAAUGAAUUGAGGGUUGAGAAGGACGAUGAAAACAAAAAUGGACAUCGAUCGAAAAUAGCCCAGCUGUCUAUGUCAGACCCCUGACUGGCACUUGACAAAGAACCCAGAAGAGAGGGUUAAAGUGAGAGGCCAGAAUUCAGAACCAUGGAGGCUCGCUUUGGUAAUAUUGUGUUCAGCUCCAAGUUUGACUCAGGGAACCUGGCACGUGUGGAGAAGGUGGAUAAGGGCAGCUCCAGCCCUCCUACCGAUAUAGCUCCCAGUGGGAGUGCCCCCUCAGGGUCAAACUGUACCCCUGACUAUGAGUUCAAUGUGUGGACGCAGCCAGACUGCGCUGGCACAGAACACGAGAAUGGAAACAGAUCAUGGUUUUACUUCAGUGUGCGGGGUGCAGCACCUGGAAAGAUACUGAAGAUCAAUGUGAUGAACAUGAACAACCAGAGGAAGCUCUACAGCCAGGGCAUGGCUCCUCUCGUACGCACUUUACCUGGCAAGAACCGGUGGGAAAGGAUCCGGGACAGACCCACAUCUGAGAUUGUAGAUAACCAGUUCAUCUUGUCAUUCACCCACCGGCUGCUGGAGGUGCGAGGGGCGACCACUUAUUUCUCCUUCUGCUACCCGUUCUCUUACGGUGAGUGCCAGGAGAUGCUGCAGCAGUUGGACGAGAGCUAUCCCAAUGCUGCUCAACUCAAUCCGAGCAGUGCACCGGACAGUGUGUAUUACCAUAGGGAGUUGCUGUGCGACUCUCUAGAUGGAAAUAGGGUAGACCUGCUCACUGUGACCAACUGCAUCGGGAUGCAAGAGGAGAGAGAAGCCCGUCUCCCUAAGCUGUUUCCCGACACCAAGACUCCAAGACCACACCGCUUCUCUGGCAAAAGGGUGUUUUUCCUUAGCAGCCGAGUACACCCCGGGGAGACUCCCUCAUCCUUUGUAUUUAACGGUUUCCUCAACUUUAUCCUGAGAAAAGAUGACCCUCGUGCCCACGCGCUUCGAAACAUGUUUGUGUUCAAGCUCAUUCCCAUGCUCAACCCGGACGGGGUUGUUCGUGGGCACUACAGGACUGAUUCCAGGGGUGUGAACUUGAAUAGGCAGUACCUGAACCCCAGCCCUGAGCUGCAUCCUUCCAUCUAUGCAGCCAAAGCACUGUUGCUCUACCACCACAAACACAACCGCCUGCAUAAUACACAGUCCAGCACUCACUGUAACAGCCUCACACACACACAGACCGCUAACCUUAACAUCAAAGCCACCAGUCAGCAACAAUCUCCUCCCUUCACUGCCCUUGAAGUCAGCUUGAACCAACGAAAUGCAGAGAAGGACGCAAAUCCCGCGCAGCCAGAGGUUCCCAUGGUCACAGAGGAAAACGUCUGGGUCAACACAGAGGGGGGGAGGGGGGACCUGAACAGCUCAGAGACUGCAGCUCCAGUUACUCUAGAGGUAACUGUACCACAGGUGGAGGAACAAGAAUCAAUUCCACCCCAGGAGGGCGGUGUGGCAUAUUAUGUGGACUUACAUGGCCACGCCUCUAAACGGGGAUGCUUCAUGUACGGAAAUAACCUUCCUGACGAAAGCCAGCAGGUAGAGAACAUGCUGUAUCCGAGGCUGAUCGCUGUGAAUUCCGCCCACUUUGAUUUCCUGGGCUGUAACUUCUCCGAGAAAAACAUGUAUGCUCGAGACAAGAGAGAUGGCCAGUCUAAAGAAGGCAGUGGGCGGGUGGCCAUUCACAAGGCCAUAGGGCUGCUUCACAGCUACACUUUGGAGUGCAACUACAACACAGGAAAAACCAUGAACACCAUCCCACCUGCUUGCCAUGACAAUGGACGGGCAACCCCACCUCCACCGCCGUCAUUCCCUCCAAAAUACACUCCAGAAAUAUUUGAACAGGUGGGACGUGCAGUUGCUGUUGCAGCCCUGGAUAUGGCAGAGUGUAACCCCUGGCCUCGGCUGGUGCUGUCUGAGCACAGCUGCCUUAUGAACCUUCGAGCUUGGAUCCUCAAGCACGUCCGCAACACCAAAGGCCUGAACACGCACAUCCACGCUCAACCUCCACUAAGAAUACACCACAAUGGCAGCAAGGUGUCGCCGCCAAAGAGCUUUAACAACUGUCUGUCGGGCCCAGCGUCGGAGAAUACCUUCAGUCGCGUUCGCUGCAACAGCCACAGUAGCAGCAGCCAGACACCCUCCCCAAAGAUGCACAGCUCCCCGAGCUUUACUUUUGGCUGCCCCCCACCCAGAACUCACUCACAGCACAACAGCACGCACACCAGCGGACGUGGAGGCAGCAAGACACUCGGCCCGGUUAGGGACCCUAAGCCUCAAGAGAAGAGACGCCCCCCCCACCACCGCUCCAUCCUACGGUCUCCUAGCAACAGUCACACACCCUCCCGCCCCCCACUCUCACCCCCUUCCUCCUCUUCCUCCUCGUCUUCCUCGGUGUGUGCGGCGGGCUCCUGUCCCCUCCCGGCCUCCGUCAGUAUGACAGGCAUCAGCUGCCCAGACUUUCAGGCUGGUGGAACCAGUUCAGGGGGUUGGUCCAGAACGCCUUUCCCCAUGCGUCCUGGGCGUGUGGGGAGAGGGUGCCGAUCUCUUACAAUCACUCAUCACCCCGCAGAGGCCCGCGCAGAGACUGAUAAAGACUUGGGGCCUGAACACAUCCUUUCCUCCAUCAAAUUUAGCAAGUGUGAGCUGCAGCCUCAUAUGAGCCGCAUCCCCAUCAGGAGGGUGGAGUCAACUGAAACCCCUCCUACACAUGACAGUAAAACAUCCCCUAGCAGCAUUAACCCAGUCUCAUCUGGAAAUAAGGACGACUCAGCCACCAUGAAGGUCUGGAAGCUGUUGAGACCUGGCCUCCAUCGACACCUGUCACUGUCAGCUGUGUCGGGGAAAGAGGGUAAAUCACUAAUGAAGAAAGGCUCAGACAAGAGUUUACACUACAAAGGAAGUACUAUUAUGGAAACCGCACCAGAGAAGGAUGAAACUCUGCAAGAGGUUGAGGAAACUCCAGUGGUGCCUCUGCCUGAGACUGCGAACAUGUGUGAGACAGUGACCCUGUGUGGAGAAGCUUAAGAACUGCUCAGAAGAGGACGCACUUGCGUAGAAGGGGAGGCGUCCUCACAGGAUGAUUAUUUGGAUUAUUUAUCCUAAUGUGCAAUAGAACUUUAACACUAUUUAUUUACAUUUCCCAGAGCAUGCAUGGUGUUUCCAACCAAUGCUGUUCAACAUAGUCAGAGCUAGGAGCUGUCCAGCACUACCACUGAGCAGCCUUACUGGAGCAAGUGGAGUGCCUAGCUCAACGAAACCACAAUGACUGAGGAAGGGGAGAGGAAAAAACUUUACAACUGACCGAGAAAACCAUAGACUUGAAAGAUCCUUGAACAUUUCAGCUACCAUCACUGACCACACAUUUCCGUUUGUUAUUUUAGUCCUUUCCUUCUGCUGUCCUCUCCCCUAAAAAGAUAUGAAAUGCACUCUGACCAACACUGUUAUGCACUGAUGAGUAUUUUCACAGUCAGCCACUUGUACUAUUACAGCAAAUUCAGACUGACAAACACCGCAGCACCGUUUUAACCUCCUCAUUUCUAUGGUGAGUUUAGAGACAAAUGUGUGCGGAAAGUGUGUUUUUAAUGUAAUUAUUCCAGAAGUUGCUUGUGCUUUGCAUAUAGUGGCUAUAAAAAUGUAUUCACACCCCAUUGGACUUUUUCAUGGUUUGUUUUACACAGAUAUAAGUAGGAACAGCAAAGAAAUUGAAAUGUCACAUUGUAAAGUAGUACUGCGCAAGUAAACAAUACUUAACUGCAAGUAUUGAAAUCAAUUUUCCACAUAUACAUGAAGCCAGUUAUAAGUGGCUUAUAAACAAGUCAGUUAACACAGACCUUAAAGAUGGACGUAAUGGCUGUAAUUGUUGCCAAAAAGAGAUUGUUUUACUUUGAUUUGUUUAAAUGUCAAGAUGUUAUACCCACAGUGAUUCAAAAUAAUUUAACAUGAUAUGGUCCAAUGAGCGGAUAAAUAACUUUAUACACGCUAUAUGUAUACUUUAGAAACUUUCCUCGUCACAUUCCUGUAGAGCGUUUUGCUCCAUAGCACACCAAAACAAGAUGUCCUUUAUCAUCAUAUAUUCACAUUUGUCUAAGUGUAAUAAGCAUAUCUUAAACCCAGUGACAAAUGGCGACUGCUAUAAUACUGUGUUAGAAUUUGAAACAAACUUGAAGUAUAAAUAAAAUAACUUGAAAAACA